CAAGGGAACGAAGUCAAGCAAGAGCCUACUGCUUCCUAUACCCUUUCGUCGUCGUCUGCACAGCUUCAAAGAAGAAAAUGGCCCUACUUCUUUGACCCGAUGAACUGAAUCCUAACAGCUCUUCAUUUCACACGGCCAUACGUUUAAUUUUUCUCUCCUUUAUUUGUUACUCUCUUCACGGCUUUGAAUAUUGAAGUCGUAGUGGAGAAUUGCUUGUUCACAUUUGGGGUGUCGUCGUUUCUGUGGAAAGAGAGAUGGUUGGUCAUCACUUCAAAAGCUCGAUGUUGGGGAGCUCGAUCUUCUUGAGGUACGGCUCGUGAAAUCUCUGGUGUUGAUGUUAGCAAAGCCUGUCUGUUGUGGGUUUGUGACUCGAAGCUCCGGUAUGCUGCGUUAAGUUACAGCUUCUGGCAUUCUCCAGUAAAUUUACGUUGGUUAUUCCACGAACAUGAUGCUACAUAACAGGAUUGUUGCUAUCUUUGCUGGUGCAUCUGUUUGGUUAUUGCUUAGUUGUAGUUUGAGCUAUGGUGUUGAGAGUGAUAUUAAUUGCUUGAGGAGUAUAAAAGAAACACUUCAAGACCCUCGUAAAGUCUUGAAUAUUUCGUGGAACUUUGAAAACAACACGGAAGGAUCCAUUUGUGGAUUUAUCGGGGUUGAAUGUUGGCAUCCGGAUGAAAGUAAGGUCCUGAAUAUCCGGCUUUCUGAUAUGGGACUCAAGGGCUCCUUUCCUCUUGGAAUUCAAAACUGCACGAGCUUAACGGGUUUGGAUCUUUCAAGCAAUGAGCUUUAUGGAAGUAUUCCAUCUAAUAUCUCCAAAAUAAUUGGUUUUGUGACUACUCUGGAUCUUUCAUCCAAUAGUUUCUCAGGAGAGAUUCCUGAAAAUCUUGCAAAUUGUUCGUAUUUGAAUGUCCUUAAACUUGAUCACAAUAACUUCAGCGGUCAGAUACCACUGCAACUAGGCCUCCUUGGUCGUAUCAAGGAAUUCAGUGUUGCAAACAAUUUGUUGUCUGGGCCAGUUCCAAACUUUAUCAAUGCUUCCAAUCUCAUUACUGCAGAUAGUUAUGCAAACAACCUAGGACUGUGUGGGAAACCUUUGCGUCCUUGCACGUCAGCUUCAAAGAGCAGUAACACAGGAAUUAUCGCUGGGGCGGCUAUUGGUGGGGUGACUAUUGCGGCAAUAGGUAUAGGUAUUGGCAUGCUGUUCUAUUUCCGUAAGGCGUCUAUGAUGAAGAAGAAGGACGAUGAUCCUGAGGGAAAUAAAUGGGCAAGGAGUUUGAAGGGAACAAAAGGCAUCAAGGUUUCCAUGUUUGAGAAGUCACUUUCUAAAAUGCGAUUAAGUGAUCUCAUGAAGGCUACCAACAACUUCAGCAAAGACAAUAUCAUUGGUUCAGGAAGAACAGGAACCAUGUACAAAGCAGUGCUUGACGAUGGCUCUUCGCUUAUGGUUAAGAGGUUGCAGGAUUCUCAACACACUGAAAAAGAAUUUGUGUCUGAGAUGGAUACUCUUGGUAGUGUGAAGAAUCGCAACUUGGUUCCACUUUUAGGUUUCUGUGUUGCUGGUAGAGAGAGGUUUUUGGUUUAUGAGCACAUGCCAAACGGCACCCUGCAUGAUUGCAUACAUCUUGUGGAUGAUGGUAGUGAAGCUAAAAUGAGCAGGGCCAAAAUGGAAUGGCCCGUGAGGCUCAAAAUUGCAAUUGGGGCAGCAAGAGGGUUCGCAUGGCUUCACCACAGCUGCAAUCCUCGUAUAAUCCACCGCAACAUAAGCUCUAAGUGCAUUUUACUAGAUGCAGAUUUUGAGCCCAGAAUAUCUGAUUUUGGUCUUGCCAGGCUAAUGAACCCAAUUGAUACACAUCUGAGUACAUUUGUGAAUGGAGAGUUUGGGGAUCUGGGUUAUGUUGCUCCGGAGUAUGCACGAACUCUGGUGGCCACACCUAAAGGAGAUGUUUUCAGUUUCGCGACUGUGCUUCUUGAGUUGGUGACGGGUGAGCAACCUACCCAUGUCACUAAAGCUCCUGAAGACUUUAAGGGAAGUUUAGUUGAAUGGAUAACACAUCUGUCACGUAAUUCUCAACUCGAAGAUGCCAUUGACAAAUUUUUGAUCGGGAAGGGUGUUGAUGGUGAGCUUUUCCAAUUUCUCAAAGUUGCUUGUAGAUGUGUGUUGCCAGCUCCCAAGGAGAGGCCUACAAUGUAUGAAAUUUACCAGCUCUUAAGAGCUAUGGGGGAACGAUACCAUUUUACCACUGAUGAUGAGAUAUUGAUGCCUUCAGACUCAGCCGAUGCCGAUCAUAUGGAAGAACUUAUUGUUGCUCGGGAAGGUAAAGAGCAAUACUGAAAAGGUAUGAAGGAAGCUUACCCUUACAUAUUAUGUGGUGUUUGUAAAUUGUGAGAAUACAUAUUCUUUUUCGUGUUUUAGUUAAAAGACAUUUUGAUCUUUCUAUACUGAGAUCACUCUUAUAGCCCUAAUGCAAGUCUUCCAGCAUAUGUAAGGUUUGUCUCAAAGCCAAUAUUUUUCGUCAUUACUACCUUUUCAAGUUUUUUGUGAUUUGAGUUUUCUACAUUAUGGUAAUAUAUAGGAUCCUUAAUUAAUGUU